AUGAAACUUGAUGGGGUCCCGUGCGUGAAGAAAGGAGGGAUUAGGUUUACGAUGAACGGUCACCCGUAUUUCAACUUGGUCCUCGUAACGAAUGUAGGUGGGGCCGGUGACAUACACAGCGUGUGGAUUAAGGGUUCGAGCACCUGGCAGCCCAUGACCCGAAACUGGGGGCAAAAUUGGCAGAGCCACUCGUAUCUCAACGGUCAGACUCUCUCGUUCAGAGUCACCGCUAGCGAUGGCCAAACCCUGACAGCCAACCGUGUCGCACCCAACAACUGGCAGUUCGGAAAAACCUACGAGGGUCCACAAUUUUAG